CCACACCCUCCAUCAUGCUUUGGAAUGAAGAACUGCAUAAGUGUACUGAGAACACUUCACACACCAACCUCUCCGACUUCACACUCAGUUACGGCUGUUAAGAAAGGCAAAGCAUGGACGUGGUCUAUGGGAUGUGUGUGCAAUGGCUACUUCGGUGUGUCCUCUUCCUGGUAUCGCUGCCGUUUCUUCAAACUAAAGAUGUCACCAUGGUGAUAGGAGAGGUGGGCGGGGCUGUGACUAUCCCCUGUACCUCAGACCUCUGGGAGAACCAUCUGGUCUUCAUGUACGUACAGAGACCUGGUUCCAAUGGAAAUAAUCCCCGGUUCAUUAAUGGCUACCAUAUGAAUAAGCGGUUAGACCCUAAGGAGUACACUAACCGCACACAUGUAGACCCCAGACAGCGAACCAUGAAGCUGUGGAGUAUAUUGCCGUCAGAUGAGGGGUUGUAUGAGUGUCACAUUCAAUACCGAACAAAGAAGAAGCAGGAGAACAUACAGCUCAAUGUGACAGCCAACUACAGCAUCCCCAUUGUAACGGUGGCCUGUGACAAUGUCAGUUGCUUGGUGACGUGUUCCUCCAACAGUGGUUACCCUCGUAGGGACAUUGAGUGGAGCCCAAACCCUCCUCUGAACCAGAGCCACUGGAGAGUAUUGAACAGUAGUGAUGUGACAGACCCGGUCUCUAUGCUGUUCUCUGUCUUCAGUUCCAUAUCCGUCAACUGCUCCUCCGGACCCCGGCUGAACCUCAGCUGUGCUGUAGGGGGCGCCCUUUCACAGGAACACACUGUCUGCUGGCCUCAGACAGGCUCUCCUGGUGCUUAUGUGACCUCUGCCGUUGUGGCUGGUGCUGUUGCUCUGCUGUGUUUCCUGCUGGCUGGGCUGUUUGUCUUCAAGGAAAGGAAGGCUCAGACAGCCAGAGUUGAUCAAGGUUUGAGCUCUGACGCCUGUUCAUGGUUUCCCUAGUGACAGAACUCAGGCCAACGUGAUUGAUGGGGUUAAGUCUGAACUUCUUAAAGGUGAUUUUGGGACCUGUUCUUUUGAGGAUUUACAUAAACACCAUUGGUCAAUCUGUUAACUACAUCUAUUUAACUAGGCAAGUCAGUUCAGAACAAGUUCUUAUUUUCAAUGAUUGCCUAGGAACAGUGGGUUAAACUGCCUUGUUCAGGAGCAGAAUGACAGAUUUUCACCUUGUCAGCUCAGGGAUUUGAUCUUGCAACCUUUCUAGUUACUUGUCCAAUGCUCUAACCAGUAGGCUACGCUGCCACCACAGAUGUAUGUGGAUAUAUGAGGAUGAUAGUGAUAUGUAUGCUACUUCCCUGACUGGCUGCGUCAAAACAAGAAUCAGAUUUUAGAGCUAUGCAGGAAUCCAUUGCUGAUUUAAAACUUGUGCUUAAUACAGGCAAAACACAAUAAAGUAUGGUUCUCCAACCAAACGGAAUAUAGCAUAUAAAUAAUUGGGAACUGUAUUUAUAUGAUUUUGACCUUUAAAAAACAUAUAGAUAAGAUUUAAAGUUUAAAUAUUUUUCUACUGAAACAGGUUGUGCCUUUCUCUAAGCAGUAGGAAGCAGAUUAUUCAGACAACCAUUUUAUCUGUUCUUGAUAAUGCUGAUAUUAUUUAUCAAAGUACAGCUGCUACUACUCAUAAACCUUUGGAUGCCAUCUACCACAGUGACCUUCAUUUUGUUACAGGUGGUAGUUUUGAUACUAAUCACUGCAUCCUAUAUAAAAAGGUUGGCUGGAAUUCGCUAAAGACCCACAGACAUUACUCAGACAUUACUCCGUUUUGAUUACAAGGCCUGACAUCAUAAACUUCCGUCUUAUCUAAAUUUGCUGUUGGAGUAUAGAUACUUGAGUUGCCUAAUCCACUCGCAGGAUUAGUUUACUCUUGAGGUUCCUAAGGUCUCCCCCGAGAUAGAUAAAUCUGCUUUUAGUUUUAAUUAAUUGUAUUUCUGGAAAAAAUCUAAAUAGAUAGAUAAAUCUGCUUUUAGUUUUAAUUAAUUGUAUUUUUGGAAAAAAUUCUAAAUACAUUUCAUCUUGAUGUUCUGAUACAGUUUGGGCAACUUAAAGUAUUGAUUGGGGACAUAUUUGUGAAGGAAUUUAACUGUUU